AUGCCGGCCUCGCAAAGAGCUCUUCACCUCGCACCACCAUUCUUGCUGGACGACUACAUGCCUCGGUAUAUGAUGUUGUCCUCUAUCGACGAGGCAAAGAAGCGCUCGAAGGCCUACGCUCACCUUCGGAACUGCAACCUGUGUCCGCGGCUGUGUGGAGUCAACAGGUAUGAGAAGACGGGCAUGUGUCUGAUCGGCUCGGAUGUCGUGGUCAAUGUUAUUGCCCCUCACUUUGGCGAAGAGCCCUGCGUACAAGGACACAACGGCUCAGGCAGCGUCUUCUUCUCCAUGUGCAACCUGCGUUGUUCCUUCUGCCAGAACCACGACAUAAGUCACCAGAAGAACGGCUUCAACCUGCGGCCUGACGAGCUCGCCGACUGGUUCCUGAAGCUGCAGCAGGUCGGCCACGUCCACAACAUCAACCUUAUCACGCCCGAGCACGUCGUGCCCCAGGUCGCCCUGGCCAUCCUGGACGCCCGGGACCGCGGCUUGACCCUGCCCAUCAUCUACAACACGUCGGCCUACGACUCGCUCGCGUCGCUGGAGCUCCUGGAUGGGCUGGUCGACAUCUACCUGCCGGACUUCAAGGUGUGGGAGCCGGCCACGUCCAAGAGGCUGCUCAAGGCGGAUGACUAUGCCGCCACCGCGAGGGAGAGCAUUAAGGCCAUGCACGCUCAGGUUGGGGACUUGUGCUUCACGCCCGACGGCAUCGCCAAGAAGGGCUUGUUGGUGCGGCACCUCGUCAUGCCAGGGCUGGAUGCCGAGGGUGAACGCAUCAUGAGGUUCCUGGCAGACGAGGUCUCGAGAGAUUGCUUUGUUAAUAUUAUGGAACAAUAUCAUCCUGAUGCGCACGUGGGCAAGCCCCGGCGAAAGACCGGGGCGAACAAAGAAACGCCAGCGGGAGACGCAGAGGGGAAUGGCAAGGAAGGCGUACGAUACGCUGAAAUAAACCGUGCCGUGAGCAAAGAAGAAAUCAGCUCUGUGAGAAAGGCAGCUGAAAGUGCUGGCCUGUGGCGGUUCUGCGAUCCACCAGGUCACGAUGGCUUCAAUAUUUAA